AUGGCGGCAAGAGUCGACCAAAGCAAGGAGAAGUUGGAUGAUGAGAGAGAGAGAGAAUUCGCCGGCCUCUCUCUCUCGAUGAUGAUGAUGAAACACCAACUAGAAUCCAACUCCUUGUACAAGCCCGAGGAUGAGCCAUCCGUAGGCUCUGAAAUCGGCGAUGAUCGACGGAUGCUGCUCCUAGAAUCCUCCACUCUCCAUGUAAAUGUGGAACUAGACGGCCAACACCAGGGAGUGGGGAUCCGAGGAGACAGCGACGGGAUGAUCAAGGGCGUAAAUCUAAGCGGGACGAAGCAAGCAUAG